AUUCAGGGUUGUACCCAGUAAUGUCUUGGUGUAACACAAGUGCCGCUCUGGGAGACGUGACCAGAUAACGUGUUGUGUUUGUGAAGGAAUUACAGAUCGAGAGCGGAACAGCCCAAGGUCAUUCUGGGUUACGAUACAAGACUAAUGUCACAGGCCCACAUUUACGUCAGUUAAAAAGUUCAGCUUCAGAAGAGCGUCAACGUCCGGAUGACAGCUGGGUAUAGCGUACAACAGCUGGACUUUAAGGGAUUUGUGCAUCGAGUAUUAAACUGAAAGCCAUAAAAAGAUUCAACAGGAAAUGGUAGCGGAACUGGUCACUGACAACCCAUGGACUUUGACAUUUUUACUCAUAGCAUUAUUGUGUUUCUGGUCAUCGAUCCCGCGCAGGCCCAGUAAUGUACCUCCAGGUCCACCGCCACUUCCGGUUAUCGGCAAUCUGAUUCACUUCUUGUCAGAUCCUCGCGAGAAAUGGCGAGGGUUACAUAAACGAUACGGAGAUAUAUACAGUCUUUAUAUGGGCCAUUCCUUAACCGUGGUGCUUCACACACGUGACGUCAUCAAAGAAGCCUUCGUUGAUCAUGCUGACGAAACGUCGGAUCGCCCGGAUGUUUUCGUUCUGAGAAAGCUAGGACAAAAUAAAGACCCAACCAAGAUUCAUCAAGUCCUUUCCAACCAAAACGAAAUCUACGCUUUUAUUCGAAGUCAAAUCUCGCAACAUAAAAGGACACUGGAUCGUGAAAAACCUCGUGAUUUCAUAGAUGCGUACCUUAUAAACUUCAAAGAAAAACAGAAGAGGAAUCCAGAUACCGCCUUUUCAGAAGAGCAGCUGACUCGUGUAGUUUCGGAUCUGUUUGUGGCCGGAUCGGAGACGACGGCAUCUACUUUGCUGUGGCUGGUCUUGUACAUGGUAACGUACCCGGAUGUUCAGGACAAAGUUCACAAGGAACUUGAUGAUGUUGUCAAAAUGGAAACGCAGCCAUUAUUGCACCAUAGACGAAUGCUGCCAUUUCUUCAAGCUGUCAUCUGUGAAACGCAGCGCUACGGGGACAUUUUGCCUAUUGGUGCCCCUCAUGCCGCCAGUAAAGCAUUCGAACUUCAGGGUUAUCACAUCCCGCAGGGAGCAAUCCUUUUACCGUUCCUCCACGGAGUUCAUUUUCAUCCUUCAUGGGGUGACCCUGACGUUUUCAGACCUUCCCGAUUUUUAGACGGUGAGCUUCAUGAUCGGGAAAUGUUGUUGCCGUUUUCUAUAGGGCGACGGUCUUGUAUCGGAGAGCAUUUGGCCAAGACGGAACUGUUUUUGUUCGCAGCCGCCAUUUUGAAGCGUUACAGAUUUACCCUACCUGCCGGGGAUUCCCCACCUAGCCUGACGGCUCCAAUAGGCCACACUGUGUCCCCGCUAGCCUUCCGAGUUUGUGCACACAGAAGGAUAUCAGAGGUUGUGAGCUAACAUACUAUCCACUUGGGACACCUGAUGCUCUUGUGUCUACACUCGUGGGCCACAUUUUGCUGUAGGCCAAAUUUGGUCACCACAACUAUUUAUUUCAAUCCGUAGUCCAAAAUAAGUGGCCUGAGGUUCAAAAGGCAGUUCAUAAGGCAGUUCAAAUUGGUGUUGUCUAACGUUUAUUGUGGUAAGGUAUCUAAAAUGACUUCGUGCCUAAUGACUUAAAACUGACUUCUGAAUGUAGUCAAAUGCUGCCUCUUCUCUCAGGCGAGCAUGUCUCUACCAUUAUUUUU